AUGGAAAACCAAUCCGUCAAGUUUGUUAUCCCUCAAGAAAUAAGAUCUCUAUACGAGCGGGGUGAAGAGAGUGAUCAAUCGGGCAACUAUAAUGAAGCAAUAACUUACUACAAACAAGCCUUGGAUAAAAUUGAAACGAUAUCCAGAAGUCAUGUCGAUCUUGAUCGACUUCAAUGUGAUAUUUAUAUUCAUAUGAGCGAUAUCUAUAAACAACAAAGUGACUGGGUAGAAGCAGAGAGAUUGAAUGAAAAAAUAGGAGAAGUAGGUGAAAAGCUACAAGAAGAUAUGAUCAUUGCUCGAUCUUUAGAUAGACAAGGCGCAAUUAAACGGUCACAAAGGGAUUGGAAUGGAGCAUUGAAUUAUUAUAUGAAAUCACUAGAUAUAAAAUUAAAAGGUUUUGGUGAGAAAGAUUUAGUCAUAAGUCAUUCAUACGAAAAUAUAGGAGCUAUUUAUGAAGCUAAAAGUAAAUAUGAUAAGGCUCAUUCGAUGUAUGAGAAAUCACUACAUAUUAAAUUAUCAGCCCUAAGUAACUAUAAUUCUGACACUGCUAUAUCUUAUUACAACCUGGGAAAUGUGCUUCGGAAGCUAAAAAGGCAUGAAGAGGCUAUAACUAUGUAUGAGAAGUCACUUAAAAUUCAAAAAUCAGUCCUUGGUCAUAAUCAUCUCGAUGUUGCCAAUUCUUAUAAUAACCUAGGAAAUGUCUAUAGUGAGCAGGGUAAACAUGAAGAAGCCAUUACUAUGCAUGAGAAGUCACUUAAAAUUCGAACUUCCGUCUUCGAUAACAAUCAUCCCGAUGUUGCCAAAUCAUAUAACAGCUUAGGAAUUGUCUUUAAUGAGCAAGGCAAGUAUGAAGAGGCCAAUUCUAUGCAUGAGAAAGCACUUAAAAUUCGAUUAUCAACACUUGAUCACAAUCAUCCAGAUGUUGCCGAAUCAUAUAACAGCAUGGGAAAUGUUUUUUAUGAUCAGGGCAAGAUUGAAGAUGCUAUUUCUAUGUAUGAGAAGUCACUCGAAAUUCGUUUAUUGGUCUUUGGUCAAAAUCAUGCUGAUGUUGCACACUCUCUGAAUAACAUAGGAAGUGUUUAUUUCAAUCGGAAUCAAUACGAAGAAGCUAUAUCAACAUUUGAAAAGGCACUCAAAAUUCGAUUAUCAGUCCUUGGUCACAAUCAUUCCGAUGUUGCUGCAUCCUAUCACAACAUGGGAGCUGUGUAUUCUAAUCAGGGGAAGUAUGAGAAAGCUAUUUCCCAGUAUGAUAAAGCACUCAAAAUUCAAUUAUCAGUGCUCGGUCAUAAUCAUCUCGAUGUUGCUGUAUCGUAUAACAGCCUGGGAAGUGUCUACUCCAAUUUGGGAAGGUAUGACGAGGCUAUUUCCAAGCACGAACAAUCACUUAAAAUCCGAUUGUCAGUUCUUGGUUCCAAUCAUAUCCAUGUUGCUCAAUCCUAUGUCAACAUUGGAAAUGAGUAUACGAAUCAGGGCAAGUAUGAAGAAGCUAUUAUAAUAUUGGAAAAGUCAAUUGAAAUUUUUCUAUCAAACUUGAAUUAUUUUGGGAUUGCUGCAUCAUAUUUCUCUAUAGGACAUGCAUAUACAUUUCAUGGCGAUUAUGACAAAGCCAUAAUUGCACAUAAAAAGGCACUCGAAAUUCGAUUAUCGGUUUUUGGUUAUAAUCAUUUCAAAGUUGCUUCUUCACAUAUGGGUAUUGCAAAUGUUCAUUAUUUUCAGAGCAAGUAUACUGAGGCUCUUUCUGAGUAUAAAAAGGCACUUGAAAUUCUAUUAUUGAUCUUUGGUCGCAAUCAUCCUGAUAUUGCCACGAUAUAUAGCAACAUGGGAAAUGUCUAUAGCGAUCUGAAAAACGAAGAAGUGGGUAUUUCUAUGUAUAAGAAGGCACUCGAAAUUAGAUUAUCAUUUUUCGGUCCUAAACAUCCUGUUGUUAGUCAAUCAUAUAACAAUCUGGCAACUUUGCUAUCUCAUCUAGGCAAGCUUGACGAGGCUAUUUCAAUGCACGAAAAAGCACUUGAAAUUCAAUUAGCACUUCUGGAUGCGAAUCAUUCCGAUAUUGCCUCAUCAUAUUACAACAUUGGAAUUAUCAAUAAAAUGCAGGAUAAAUAUGAAGAAGCCAUUUCUAUGUUUGAGAAAGCACUUAAAAUUCAAUUAUCAGCCCUUGGUCGUAAUCAUCCCGAAACUGCUAAAUCAUAUUUUUACGUAGCAGAGGCCUAUUCAAAACUGAAUAAGUACGAAGAAGCCAUGUUAAUGUUUAAAAAAUCACUGGAAAUUCAAGUAUCAGUCCUUGGUCCCAAUCAUCCAAAUGUUAGUGCAGUAUAUGAUCGUAUAGCAUCUAUCUACGAUGAUCAGGGCAAUUAUAAAGAGGCUUUGUCUAGUUACAACAAGGCGCUCGAAAUUUCAAUUUCUGUUUUUGGUCAUGAUGAUCAUCAUGUUGCUGUAGUGUAUAACAACAUGGGUUCUACCUACAGCAGUCAAGGUAAAUAUGAAAUGGCCAUUUCUAUGUUUGAGAAGGCACACAAAAUUAAACUUUCAGUCCAUGGUGAAAAUCAUCCAGAUGCAGCUGGAUCAGGAAGCAAUAUAGCAACUAUCUAUUAUAAACAGGGCAAAUUUGAAGAGGCUAUCAGCAUGUAUAAGAAAUCAUUAGAAAUUCUAUUAUCAAUCUAUGGCCAGAAUCAUUCCGAAAUUGCUGGAUUAUAUAACCGAAUCGGAGUUGUCUAUAUGGAUCAGGGUAAGUAUGAAGAGGCUAUUUCUAUGUAUGAGAAAUCACUCAAAAUUCUAUUAUCAGUCUACGGCCACAAUCAUUGCAAAGUAGCUACAUCAUAUAACAACUUGGCAGGUAUAUAUUGUCUUCAAGGCAAGCAUACAGAGGCUAUUUCUAUGUUUAAGAAGUCGUUCGACAUUAGCCUAUCAAAAUUUGGCUUCAAUAAUCCCGCUAUUGCGUUAUUGUAUAACAACAUGGCAGCUACCUAUGCUGAUCAUGGUAAAGAUGAAUUGGCAAUUUCUAUGUUAGAGAAAUCGCUCGAAAUUAAAUUAUCAACUCUUGAUCACAAUCAUCCUGAUAUUGCUUUAUCCUAUAGCAACAUGGGAUUGAUGUAUCGUCAUCGCCGUCAGUAUGUAAAAGCUAUUUCUAUGUUUCAAAAGUCGUUAGAAAUUCAAUUAUUAGUCUAUGGUUGUAAUCAUUCCAAUGUUGCUAAUUCAUAUCGCCAGAUAGGAGAUAUCUAUAAUAAUCAGAAAAAGUAUAAAGAAGCAAUUUCUAUGUAUGAGAAGUCACUGAAAAUUCAAUUAUCGGUCAAUGAUGACAAUUAUCCCGAUGUAGCUAUAUUAUAUUUCAGCAUAGGAAAUGUCUAUUGUAACCAGGGCAGAUAUGAAGAGGCAAUUUCCAUGUAUGAUAAGUCGCUUAAAAUAAUGCUAUUAGUCUUUGGUGAGAAUCAUCCUGAUAUAACUGACUUGUAUGACAACAUGGGAAGUACAUAUCGAUAUCAAGGCAAGUAUGAAGAGGCUCUUUCUGUGUAUCAGAAAUCACUCAAAAUUCGAUUAUUAGUCCAUGAUCACCAUCACCCUAAAGUUGCUAGUUCGUAUGCUCUCAUAGGAAGUCUCUACAAAGAUCAGGAUAAGUACGAAGAAGCUAUUUCUAUGUAUAAUAGAUCACUUGAAAUUCGAUUACUAGUCCUUGAUCACGGUCAUCCCGAUAUCGGUGAAUUAUAUGGCCUAAUUGGAGGUGUUUAUUUGGAUCAGGGCAGGCAUGAAGAAGGCAUUUCGAUGAUUGAGAAAUCACUUGUAAUUUUAUCAACAGACUUUGAACAUGAGCAUCCACAUAUUGCACAGCUAUAUGAAAAUCAAGAAAAUAUCUCUAUCGAUCAAAGCAAGCAAGAAAUUCGAUCUUUGCUAGAGCAAUUACGCAAAUUUACAUUAUCACAAGUUGAUUGA